AGGAGGAACUUUUAUACUUAUGAUUAUGGAUGAAUCGGUAGGGGGAAUUUAUGAUCAUGGGUGAGUCGGUAGGGGGAGUUUUUAUACCUAUGAUCAUGGGUGAGUCGGUAGGGGGAGUUUUUAUACUUAUGAUCAUAUGUGAGUCGGUAGGGGGAGCUUUUAUACUUAUGAUCAUGGAUGAGUCGGUAGGGGGAAUUUAUAAUCAUGAGUGAGUCGAUAGGAGGAGUUUUUAUACUUAUUAUGAUCAUGGGUGAGUCGGUAGGGGGAGCUUUUAUACUUAUGUUCAUGGAUGAGUCGGUGGUGGGAUAUUUUAUACUUAUGAUCAUGGGCUUCAACAAGGUCGGCGGCUACGAAGAGCUGCAGCACCGCUACAUGUCUGCCUACCCCAACACCACGCUGGCGCACAUGAACGACGAGAACUACUCCUACACCGACUGCGGCAUCCCACCCAGCAACUCCUACAACCUGAUCCGGCCGGCAGACGACGGGGACCUGCCCUGGCCAGGAGUCUUCAUCGGACUCACCAUCUCCUCCGUGUGGUACUGGUGCUCUGAUCAGGUGAGCGGUCGGGGGAUGUCUCUAUAGAUAUGAUUUUACUAGCUGUGCCCCCUUUCGAUGAAAGGAA